AUGCACCCCUUCGGGCCGCCCGCCGAGCCGCCCCUCGCUCGGGAGCUGCUGGACGCGGCUCUCCGCCCGCCCGCCGGCAGCCCCUACGCGUGGCUCGGCGGCCCCGCCGCCCCGUACCCUCCCGCUGCUCCGUUCCCAUCGCCGUGCACCGAGCGGGGCUGGGGGUCCCCGCUCCCGCAGCACGAGGGGCCGCGUCCGGCACGGCCGCCCUACUCGUACUCAGCGCUCAUCGCUAUGGCCAUCCACAGCGCGCCGGGCAGGCGGCGGACCCUCAGCCAGAUCUACCAAUAUGUGUCUGAGAACUUCCCCUUCUACAAGCGCAGCAAGGCGGGCUGGCAGAACAGCAUCCGCCACAACCUCAGCCUCAACGACUGCUUUAGGAAGGUCCCGCGGGACGAGGAUGAUCCGGGUAAAGGCAACUACUGGACGCUGGACCCCAACUGCGAGAAAAUGUUCGACAAUGGCAACUUCAGGAGGAAGAGGAAGAGGCGGCUGGAGGCCGGAGACAGCGGAGAAGCCGCUGGGGGUCCCUGUGUGAGCGCAGCCCCCGGGCACGGCGAGAUGCACUGAGGUGGAGGAAGGAGUAUUUUUGUAAUGUGUAACUGUACAAUUUUAUAGGCCUAUAAAUAGAGAGAUGAGAGAAAGAGUGGGAUGUGUGUGCUUAGGGUGAAGUGAAGGUUGGGGGGCUGUGGGAGGCGCUCUCCGUUGGGAUUUGAAAGCAUCCAACGCACGAGGAAUGGCGGAGCGUUCAUAGAAUGGUUUGAGUUGGAAGGAACUUCUAAAGGCCGGCUGCUGCCACCCUCUGCAAUGCUCAGAGACACCCACAGCUCCAUCAGGUGCUGUGAGCCCAUCCCUGACCUUGUGUGUCUACAGGGACCACCCCCACCUCUCUGGGUGGCCCAUGCAGUGCCUCAGUGCCCUCACUGUACGCAACUUUUUUCUCAUAUCCAGUCUAAAUUUCCCAUCUUUUAGUUUGGAACCUCUUCCCCUUGACCUGUCACAACAGACGCUGCUGCUGAAGACUCUGUCCCCUUCUUUCUUACAGCCCCCUAUUAGGUACUGAAAGGAAUCACCACGGGGCAAGCUAGGUAGGAAGGUGGCUUUCCCUCCCCCUUGCAAGAGUAGCCUGUCCCAGCUUUCCUGCUGAUCUCCUGCCCCAUGGAUGCCCGAGGUGCCUUCCUCUCCUCUGUCCAGGUGUGCAGCUGGGAUGACCUCACUGCAAGGCACAGCUCUCGGAUAUGUUGGGGUGGUGAUGGGCUCCCUGAGUGGGGAGGGACAGCGGGACAUGACCCUGGAGCUGGGCAUGGCCCCCACCCCCCCAAUCCUCUGUGGCGUUUCUGAAUAAAACCCCUUUAUUUUCCCAACCACAAAAGAUCAUCUUUGUGUCAGCCCAUGGAGCUGAUGAUAAUUUAUCCGAAGAAUUUCAGAUUUAAUCGAGCAUCCAAAAUGAUGCUGGAUCCCUGCUGAGGAGCCCUUUAAUUGCUGGGUUUGCUGCUGGCCCCCACGUCGAGUCCUUGCAGGGUGCUGGCAGCCUGUGCUGUGCGUGUCCCCAUGCAGACCAGGCUGUUUGUUUAAAAUGCCUCUGGUUUACCCACUUUGUCACACAUACACAGAGCUUCUGUAUUUGUAUGAAGCCUCAGCACAAUACAAUGUGGUCUGCAGCUGCAGUGGAUGCAGUUGGGUAUGUAAGCAGAGCUUUGGCUGGUUUGUUUGAUAAUAAAUGGGAUUCCAAAACCUCUGGUUUACAAAUACCCAAAUUCUGUACACCUGCACUAAAGGAAAUAGCAAACUGAACUCACCAGCCAUGACAUAAAGGCAUUCCAGGUAUAACUCCCUUGUUCAUGUCGUUGUUUUCCAGGGCUAUCCAGUAAGAAGACAUUUAAGUUGUGACUCCUAUAUUCUUUGGAGAAUGAUGCUUGAGACUUGAAGCUCCCAUUUCAGCUGGGUAACCUCCAGCUCCUGCAUGAGAGGGAGCAAGGGAUGUUAGUUUGGUGAUCAGCUGCAUUUCAGGUUCCUUUUUUCCAGGUGGCUGAGGGUUGUGCUGAGCAGGUCAUGCAGAGAGCAAAAAGGAAGGAACCUUUUGUCUUUGCAACUGAAAAGGAUGUUAUAAAUCUGUGAAUUUCUUGGUGAAAAUAAGAAUGGGUUUCAGUCUGCUUGGGGUGGAGAAGUAGCAAUCCCUCUAAGCAAAAGCAUCAGGUGGCAAGGCUGUGCUUAAUUAUAGAAUCAUAGUAUGGCCUGGGUUGCAAAGGCCCACAGUGCUCACCCAGU